AUGUCUGUGUUUUCGCAAGCAAACGCAUCAGACCCGGUGGCGCUUGUCAGCUUUGGCCCCGGUAUCUCCGAGCUGAGCCAACCGAAGUCAUUCGCAAAUUUUGGGCCGGUGGCACUCUUGACACUGGUAAUUGGAAUCGUCAGUGUGGCCUUAUGGCGCAGGUUCCUGUCGCCCAUCAGCAACAUCCCUGGCCCUGCUUUAGCCUCCGUGACCAGAUUCUGGCAUAUCCGGCGCAUCCUCGACGGUGACCAGAAUUCGAGGCUCAUUGCUUUGCAUGAUAAGCACGGCCACUUUGUCCGGAUCGCUCCCAAUGAAGUGAGCGUCAGUCACCCGGAGGCCGUCAAGAAGAUUUUGCUCGCGCCUUUGGCAAAAGGUGACUGGUACCGCAUACUAGCCAUCCCGGACUACAGAUUCCAGACACCUGUCUCUACGACAGAUCCCAAAGAGAAGCUUGCGCGCUCGAAGAAUUUUGCUGCUGGCUGGACCCUCAGUAACAUUCUGCAGAAUGAAGCAGCAUUCGACGAUGUCAUAGAUCUGGGCCGCUGGAUCACUUUUACCACCUUCGACACCAUUGGCCAAGCUAUCUUCUCGAAGCAGUUUGGUUUCCUCAAGGAAGGCAGUGAUAUCGGUAAUAGCAUCGCCAAUGGAGCGGCGCUCAACGCGUAUGCCACUAUAUUGGGCUUCUUCCGCUGGGUCCACGUACUCUUCCUCGGCAAUCCUCUGAUGACGUCCCUGCAAAUUCUCCCAAUGGGCCAUCUAUUCAAUACGAGCGUCCAAACGGUCAGCGAGCGAUUGGAGAAUAACGACUCGAGCUUCGACGUCCUAGCACAUUGGCUCAGAGCGCUCGAGAAGAACCCGGAGAGUAUGAGCAUGCGUGACAUCUACGGAGAAGCUACAGGUGCUAUUGGCGCCGGCAGUGAUACGGUUACGUGUGCGACUCAAAGCUUCCUCUACCACAUGCUACGGCAUCCUAAUGCCUGGGAGCGAGUUCGUAACGAAAUCGACGAGGCUCGGAGGAACGGUCUAUGCCAGGACCGUGUCGUAUCUUUCGCCGAUGCACAGGGGUUGCCCUUCCUACAGGCAUGUAUCAAGGAAGCCCUGCGCGUUUUUGCGCCUGUUCCCAUGACCUUGCCGCGACGAGCCCCGAAAGAAGGCUUGACCAUCGGCGGCAAGUACUUCCCAGCAGGUACGACUCUCUCGAUCAACCCCUGGGUUAUCCAUUACUCGACGGAGCUCUGGGGACCAGAUGCUCGGGAAUUCAACCCCGAUCGGUGGUUUCGAGACGACAUACUGGAGAAGGAGAAAUAUUUCAUUCCCUUCGGGGCGGGCUACUGCUCAUGUCCUGGUCAGAACUUUGGGAAGAUUGAGAUAUCGAAGCUCACGUCGACCUUGGUCCGCGACUAUAACAUCAGGCAGGUAGAUCCGGAUCAGCAGUGGACUUGGAAGGCAUAUUUCAUCCUGGUCCCUCGUUGGACUCCAUGCAUCGUGGAGAAGCGCAGCCCUUUAUGA